UUAUACUUGGAGGCCUGUUUCAUGUUCACUUUUUCACAGUGUUCCCAGAGCUGAGCUUCAGAAUGGAACCACAACAACCAUAUUGUGAAAAGUGUGUUAGACUGAAUAUUGUAUAAAUGUGAAGAACAACAUUGAAAAUUAGAAUAAAAAAGUAACAAAUAAUUAAGAAUGUUAUGUUUCAAUAACCAUUUUAAUCUGUAAAAAUUAUGUUCUGUCAAUAAUGGUGUUUACACAAAAAUUACAAUGUUUCUUAAUUGAUGCAUGCACUCUGGUGUAAGUGUAAAUAUGCUAAUAAUGAAUUGUUUUUAAGUUGAAAUAUCUUUAAAAAAUUACUUUUUUAUUGUAUUAUUAUUUUAGAUUUAAUAUGGAAGGUUUACAGCAUGCACAAACCAUGGCAUUUGCAAUAAAUGAGAUCAAUAAGAAUCCAACCCUGCUGCCAAACAUUACUCUUGGAUACCAUCUUUAUGACAACUGUGUGAUGCUAAGAAUGGCGUUCCGGGCUGCCAUGUCACUGGCCAGUGGAACAGAGGACUCAUAUUCUAACCUCAAUUGUACUGGCCCUCCUCCGGUGAUUGGGAUUGUGGGAGAUGCAAGUUCAACUCCUUCCAUUGCAAUUUCCAGUGUUCUGGGGCUGUUUCGAGUACCUAUAGUUAGUCACUAUGCCACCUGCUCCUGUUUGAGUGACCGGAAAAAGUACCCUUCUUUCUUCAGAACGAUUCCUAGUGAUGCCUUUCAGGUGCGGGCUAUGGUUCAGAUUUUAAAGCAUUUUAAAUGGACUUGGGUUGGUCUCCUCUACAGUGGUGAUGAUUAUGGUGUCUAUGCUGCACAAAUGUUCCACAAGGAAAUGCAGUUGUCUGGACACUGUGUUGCUUUUUCAGAAAUCCUGCCCAAUGAUCACAAUCCCAAAGAUAUUCAGCGUAUAAUCAGGGUGAUCCAGGGCUCUACAGCAAGAGUGGUUGUUGUUUUUGCCCUUUCAUCCUUUCUGAUACCUUUAAUGGAUGAGGUGGUGCUGCAGAACAUGACAGGUUGUCAGUGGAUUGCAAGUGAAGCUUGGGCCACCUCUCUUGAAUACCACACUCCUCGUUUCUUGCCCUUCUUGGGAGGAACACUUGGCAUUGCUAUUAGGCGUGGAGAGAUUGAAGGGCUUCAUGAAUUCCUACUACGUAUUCGUCCCAGUAAUGAUACAUCACAAAAUAUAGUGAGGAUCUUCUGGGAAAAUCUUUUUGGAUGCAGGUUUGAAACUGGAGGUCUAAAAACAGGUCGAGAGCAAGAAAAAAUGGAGUGUACAGGACAAGAGGAUCUAAGUACAACAAACACACCUUACACUGAUGUUUCAGGGUUAAGGGCUUCUUAUAAUGUCUAUAAAGCAGUUUAUGCUCUGGCACAUGGACUUCAUGACCUGAUGCAGUGUGAGGAGGGAAGAGGACCAUUCAUUGGGAACAGCUGUGCUGACAUAACUAGCCUUAAACCCUGGCAGUUGGUUCACUAUCUACAAAAUGUGAACUUCACCACAGGCUUUGGGGAUCAUGUGACAUUUGAUAAGAAUGGAGAUGCUCUAGCCAUCUAUGAUGUGUUGAAUUGGCAGCCAAGCUCUGAUGGGUCAAUAACAGUACACAAGAUUGGUGUAGUAUAUGAAGGGGCAACAACAGGGAUGAUGCUCACACUGGAUGCAGAUGCAAUAUAUUGGAACUUUGAAACCAAAAAACCCCCACUGUCUGUAUGUAGUGAGAGCUGCCCCCCAGGCACCAGACAAGCAACAAGGAAGGGACUUCCUCUCUGCUGUUUUGACUGCCUGCCUUGUGGAGAUGGAGAGUUUUCUAAUACAAGAGAUGCUGUGGAGUGCAUGAUGUGUCCAGAUGAGUUUUGGUCCAGUCCGGAUAAGGAUCAAUGUGUCCCAAAAGAAGUAGAGUUUCUGUCCUAUGAGGAUCCUCUGGGCAUCUCUCUGACCACUGCUUCUCUGCUUGGCACCUGCUUCUGUGCUCUUGUGAUGAUCAUAUUUGCUCUUCAUCAUAACACACCCAUAGUACGAGCCAACAAUUCAGAGCUCAGCUUCCUGCUGCUUUUGUCACUCAAACUGUGUUUUUUAUGUGUGCUGCUGUUCAUCGGCCGACCACAGUUGUGGACGUGUCAGUUAAGACAUGCUGUGUUUGGCAUAAGUUUUGUUCUGUGUGUCUCCAGCAUUCUGGUCAAGACUAUGGUGGUAAUAGCUGUGUUCAAGUCCUCUCGGCCAGAAGGCAAAGGAGCAAUGAAAUGGUUUGGAGCAUCUCAACAAAGAUGCACAGUUCUGGUCCUUACGGCCCUCCAGGUUGUUAUAUGUGCAGUCUGGUUAUCAACAGCCUCUCCAACACCCCAUAAAAACAAUCAUUACUUCCGCUCUAUAAUAGUAUAUGAAUGUGCCAUUGGUUCAGUGGCUGGUUUUUCUCUGCUGUUGGGAUACAUUGGACUGUUGGCAGCAAUAAGUUUCCUGUUAGCCUUCUUGGCAAGAAAUCUCCCAGAUAAUUUCAAUGAAGCAAAGUUCAUCACUUUUAGCAUGUUAAUCUUCUGUGCUGUGUGGAUUGCAUUUGUUCCAGCCUAUGUGAGUUCGCCAGGAAAAUAUGCAGUGGCUGUUGAGAUAUUUGCCAUAUUAGCUUCUAGUUUUGCAUUAUUAUUGGCCAUAUUUGCCCCAAAGUGCUACAUCAUCCUGUUACAUCCAGAGAGAAACACAAAAAAUGCAAUAAUGGGAAGAGAAACACAAAACAAAUAGUUAAUUAGUUAUUGUGAUGUUAAAAAUACCUUUUCUCUGGCUCUUUAAAUAAUGCAAUUCAUCCAUUUCAUUUGGUAGUAUUUUAUGUAUUAACCUUCUUUAGUUUAGUUUAAAAUAUUCUGGUAAUUAAUUUAUUUAUACACCUAUUCAUAUUGAAAUGGAAUUAUUUGUCUGCAUCAUGGUUUUACAACCUGUUUUCAUCGUUAUUGCUUGAUUAGAUUAGUGUAACAAAUGUUGUCCUUCUUCUAAAUGUGUUGAUAUAAAAAUAAAAUGUCAUGUUUUACAAGA